UGCUUCUGACAUCAUUUCCUGAACACUAUAUUCACUGAGCUCUGUAGCCAGAUCGUCUUCUCAGCAUAUGAUGCAAGGAGCUCUUUAAAAUGGAUUUCAUCUCUCCUUUUAUUCUGCAGUGUUUGCUGGUGAUAACAACCGUUACUGCUGACAGUACGAUUGGUGUGUUCAGCGGCAGCUCAGCAAAGUUUCCUGUAGAAGUUGAAAGCUUUCGGAAUGUCCAAAAAAUGAUCUGGAAUAAUAAUAACUGUUCCACGACUAUGAAAAAUGAUAUUUUGUUGGCCAAGUGUCACUCUUCUUCUGAGAGAAGGCUGGAACUGGAUAAUGGCUCUCUAGUGCUGAGGAGUGUGGAGAAAGAGGAUGAAGGAAAGUAUCAGUUUUUUUUCAACGAUACCGAAGUACUAUAUACACUAAAAGUAUUUGAGCCAAUCAUUGAUGCCCGGUGCUUCCCCAAUGGAACUGCAGACUUGACUUGCGACAUGGACAGCAAUGAGAGCAUGACAUUUGAGUGGCUGCUGAACAAUUCUCGGCUGAAUGCCCAUGAGGCUUGUAUUAAGGAUGGUGGGAAGAAGGUUCGCCUGGAGAAAUCUGUGCCUGGGGAAUUUGUAUGUAAGGUUAAACACGAUCAUGGCUCCCUGAGGACCAGGCCCAUUGUGCUCUCCUGCAGCUAUGGAGACCUUCUGCAGUACCCGUGGUUCAUCUACAUCUUGGCAGGAUGUGCAGGGGCUGCGGCCAUCCUGGUGGCUGUUGUGUCCUCACUCAUCUGUUGCUGCAUGAGGAGGAAGCACAAGUUCCUCCCCGUUCCCUCAGAGGAAGAAAAGGAUGAUGGAAUAACAAUGUCGGUGGUGUCCAGUGAAGGUGUGAAGAGCCCCCCCAAUGGAGACCAUGUGGAGGCUCAAGCUGCCCAGAUUGACUGUCCUCCAAUGCCAGGUGGGCCCAGUGAUUUGUUUUACGUCAGAUAGCCUGUUGGAGAGAGU